AUGGCUCAAGUUGAAGACCGUGGUAUAAAAUUUCUGGUGGAUGAAAUGCAUAAUAAACUGUGUGUAUGGCUCAGGUUAUUGGGGUAUGAUGCUAAAGGAAGUAAAGAUUAUGAAGUGAAGUACGGCCCAAGUGUUGCCGACAAAAAUUUGAUUGUUGAAGCACUUGAGGAAGGAAGAGUUUUACUCACUGGUGACAAGCAAAUGUUUGAAAUUAUCACAGACAAAGCACAAAGGCAGAACAAGCAGUUGACAUACAAGAACACCAACAUUCCACAUGCCGUUAAAAUCAGACAAGAUGUCCCAGAAAAUCAACUCAUCGCACUGCACAAAGUGAUUCCACUUGAAUACAAUUUAAACUUCGACGCAAUGUGUUGCACAGACUGUGGCGGCAAAAAUGUUAAAGUUGAAAACAAAGAGGACGUCAGAGGAAAAGUGGUUGAUGGUGUCUUCAAUGAUGUUGAUCAGUUUUGGAAGUGUUCCAAAUGUGGAAAAGUGUUUUGGGUUGGUUCGCAGACAAAGAACAUUGUUGCUUCCUUCGACAAGAUGAUGGAACUUCUCAAAGAAUCAAAUUGA